UGUGAAUUGCUAUGUUGUGUCUUCGGUCACCCUGUUUCAUUGUAUUCAAUUCAUAUGAAAAAGUGGGAGUUUUGUUUGAUUUGACAAUAUGGCGCUUUUGAUUACUAACUCUCGUACAUUGAAUAGACAAAAUAGACAGAAUACGACAAAUCAAAACUCACUUGCUCUUGACUUUUGGGCUUAUUUAUUCACUCAUUCAUGGAGGAAUUAUUGUAUGUGAGUGCAGGGCGAUUAAAAAAGAGAAAAAAAAAGAUUUUCUGUUUAACGUUAAAAUCUGGCAUUUGUCUAUAUUAAGUGUUUGUUUAAGUAGAUGUUUUUCCAAUUUAUCUGUAUCUUGGAACGAUGUUCACACUCCGUCUAAAUUAAACUAUAUUCUGUUUAAAUCAUAAUAGAUAUUGAAUUGAAAAAUAAUACAAUUCUGUACGACACGAUUUUUUUUUUAAACGAAAAAUUGCAAACAAUAAAGUUCAAACCGAUUUAGUGAUAAAACAAGUAAAAUGAGUGAUUUAUUGAAAUCUGCGAUGGGAUACUUUAAUACGAGUCCGAUAAUUAGCAGCGACGAUGAAUUCAUCGGACAAAUUGUUGAAGUUGGUGCUGUGAAACUUCGUGUAAAACGUGUAAUCGCAGAAGGUGGUUUCGCUUUUGUGUAUGUUGUGCAAGACAUUCAAAACGAAACAGAAUAUGCAUUGAAACGAUUACUAGGCUCUGAUAGGCAAGCCUGCGACAAUAUUAUACGUGAAUUAAACUUUCAUAAACAGUUAUCGGGACAUCCGAACAUAGUUAAAUAUGUUGCCGCAUCGUUUAUCAACCACACGAAUAGUGCUGAAUAUCUGCUAGUUUCAGAACUAUGCAAAGGCGGCUCAUUGAUAGAUUGCAUGGGCACAACGUUCGAGCCCGACACCGUAUUGAAAAUUAUUUAUCAAAUUAGUAAAGGUAUUUCGCAUAUGCAUAACCAAAAUCCACCCAUUACGCACAGAGACAUUAAGAUAGAAAAUUUCCUUUUGACCACCGAUGGCGAAUUGAAACUAUGUGAUUUUGGAUCGGCUACAACGGAUUCAUUUACACCAGAUGUUUCGUGGUCAGCACAACAACGUGAUAUGCUGGAAGAUCAAUUGGCAUUUAUAACAACACCGAUGUAUCGAUGUCCCGAACAAUUAGAUUUAUGGUCAAAUCAUGAAAUUGGCCCAAAGAGUGAUAUUUGGGCGCUGGGCUGUGUCCUUUACUACUUAUGUUUUCAAAAGCAUCCAUUCGAAGAUUCGGCCAAAUUGAGAAUAGUCAAUGCAAAUUUCAAACUACCAGGUGAUUCGAGAUACCUCUGUUUUCACGAUAUAAUCAAAGGCUGCCUCCAAGUUGAUCCAAAUAAACGUUUCGAUGUAUCGAUGGUUCUGGAUAGACUCGGAGCAAUCUCAGAAACAAAAGGUUGGCCACUGAGAGGACCCCUCAAAUUGAAUUACUUGUUAGCAUCGUCCACUACUACGUCUUGGUAUCAUUGUUUGAAACAAUGAGAUUCUCAUUAUGAGAAUAUUCGCGUAGACGUCCGUGCUUAUAUUUUUGAUUGUUGAUUUUAAUUGUUGUUAUAAUAAUGGAAAUUUGGCAUCGGCAGAUGAUUCAACAUGUAUAAAUCACUCAGACGUGUUUGUCUAGGAAAACUUUUUCAUCGCGCAAAAAUUGAUUCAGUGUCAUCACCACGGUGAAUAUUUCUAUUUUUUUAUUCUUUGUUUCACCUCGUUUUGCUCUCAUUUGAUUUUACCGUUUCAAUGGCUUUUUUGCCGAACUCGGCAAAGUUUUUUUCCGUUGAACAGAAGUUGGUUUGCGACGUCGUUUCAUCUUCUGUCAAGUAAAUUCAGCAGCACACUUUAAACAAAACUUUUUUGUCGAUUCUCACCGAAUAAUAAAUAUUUCAAAACUAACUGUAUCGACGGAUCAAGAAGAGAAAAUAAUGUAGGCGUCCGAUCACUUCGAUUGUUGUUCAAUGUCUGCGGCUGAUGCGUAUCUCACUUUGCCAUGGCUACUAGCUCUGUAGUUUUAGUUUCAUGUUUGCACAUGCCGUUAACGGUAUGUUGUUUUGUUCGGACGUAUUAUUAGUGUGAUUUCAGGAAAUGCGAGUGUUCGAUGACAAAUUUUUAUUGAGUUGUCAGCACAAUUUAAACAAAACUUUUUCGUCGAUGAUUUUCACUGAAUAAUAAAUGUUUUAAAACUAAACUGUAUCAACGGAUUAAGAAGACAAAAUAUUGUAUGCUUCCGAUCACUUCGAUUGUUGUUCAAUGUCUGCAGCUGAUGCGUGUCUCACUUUGAAUCAAUAUGCAAUGGCUACUAGCUCUGUAUAGUUCUAUUUUCAUGUUUACACAUGCCGGUAACGGUAUGUUGAUUUGUUCGAAUUGGAAAACAAUCGAACGUAUUGCUAGCACUAUUGCGUAGUAACAGCAAUCGUUUUGGCUUGGUGAGUGUGUAUCUUAAAAUUUCAAUCCUUUUGCAAUUCAAACGUAGUUUUUUGGUUCUUCGUAGCGUCAAACUGAACACAUCUUCUUUUCACUGGCUGGCUAAAAUAAUAUACACACAAAUUUAUCAAACAUUAGCACUUAUUACAGAAUUCAAAUCAACUCACCAAAAUGUGUGUCUCUCUUUCUCUCUCUCUCUCUCUCUCUCUCUCUC